AGCCAAAACUUACUUCUGAGCCACGACGUCAGCCUGCUUCCUCUCCUCCUCUUCCUGGAAAGACGAUCAAUGAUGGGAUUUCUGCAUUCACACAAAGGUGAGACGUACCCUCUUACUGCGUUGAAGUCGUUCUAGAAAGGAGCCAUCGUUAGAGAAGACGUUAAUUGGUUUCACUUUAGAAGACGGAGACGGCUGCUUAGACGGAUGUGCAGGGGAUGGUGAAUGCGCAGCGGAGUGUGGCGCGACCGGUGAGGGUUGAGACAAAGCCAUGAGAGGAGUUUGGAGAAGCCACUUGGAUCUGAAGCCAAAAGGGCCGAAGAUUGCUGAUCGUUCAAGAACCAGUCACGUGGAAUAAUGUCACGUUGUCGGGGUUUGUGCCGUGACCUAGAUCAGCCUGUCGCGACCUCCGAAGAAGUUGUCGAGGUCCACGCACGAAUUACUGACAGAGUCACCAGUAUGAGCGAGAACUCAGGAUCCAAGCCGAAGCCUGUUUCGCUCAAGGACAGGAUUGCUGCGUUUAAUCAGCAGGCUGCAGCCCAGGCAGCUCCUUCGCCGCCACGUCCUGCACCGAGCGGGAAGCCAGUCCAAUGGGCUUGGAAGCAGAAGCAAGCUGAAUUAGCUGCAAAUACUCCCCCAUCACUCCCACCGGCUGACUUGUCGCCGAGGGCGAAGCCCGAGGCCACUCAUGAAGUCGACGAACGCGGGGACAAGAAGUUUAGAAUGUCCGCUAGCGAUGCUAAGGAGAGUAUUAAAGGCACUUCUUUGAAGGAGAGAAUGGCUGCAUUACAGAAUCAGGGCGGGUUCGGUGCUUCAGCGCCGAAACCCAUUAUCCCGGAGAAGCCCAAGCCACUCAAGAACCCCCCCGUCGUAUCUACUAUCAUAUCGCCUCAGCCUGUUAGUAGCAUUGCCGAGGGCGGAGGAAUCUCUACGCCAUCACUUCCUGCUGAGGAAAGUGCGACGUUCGCGGUUGAUGAUGCUGUGAAAGAAGCUGGAGUUGAAGAAGAUGACGAGGAAGAUGACGAGGAAGAAAAGGAGCGUCAGCGUCGAGCAGCCAUCGCUGCUCGCAUGGCAAAGCUUGGAGGCGCUCGCUUUGGAAUGGGCCCUUCAGCAUUUGGCCGUCCUGCAGUGAAAACGCCUCCAGCGCAAUCUACUCCUGCAGACUUGACUGGUAACCACUCGUCUUCCCAAAUUCUCCAGUCAGAAGGCAUCGCUCCUUUGACCUCUCAUAAAGAAGCUCCCACUUCAGAAGACGCGUCCUCAAAUCCUCCUCCCGAGCGCAAGUCAUCGUCCUCUUCAGAAUCCAAAUCGCCCCCGCUGUCAGUUCCCCGUCGUGCGCUUCCACCGAGAAAAAAGGCACAACCUAAGGCCCCAGAGACUGAUCCAGUCCCAGUCGCCUCAGGGCCUGGUCCUGAGCCUGAAAGCACACCUGCGAACGUGGAGGAUGAAACUGAUCCAUCUUCGAACCUCAUUCAUGAUGUAGGAUUACAGGGGGUCUCAGAUGACGUUGGCUUGAUUUCCAAACUUUCCGCCCAAGCUGAGGCAACAGAACUAAGUUCCGAACCUAGCCGCCCGACAAGUUCUUCUGCUCCGGAGCUGGGGUUGCCGCCACAUGUUCUUCCGCCAGGAAAUAUUAUCCUUUCUGCAGCCUUAGGUGGUGCGAUAUCAUCUGUUUCCCUUGACGAGGCUGAGUCUGCUGAAGAUCCGGUCCAGGAGGAUGAGCAUAGUACCCAGGAAACAGUUAGCCAACGAAUUGCGUCACCUGUACCCGGCGAAGCGGAUAAUGCUAAUGAGUUAAAGCCUCCAGUUCCUCCUGCACCGGCCCGACGUUCCCUUCCUCCUGUACCGCCUCCGACUAAGGCUGAUGGCGUUCCCCCUGAUUCUCCGGCAAGUAUUCGCCCACCCAGUCUGCGGCAGAACAAUGAUGGUGAGGCCCAAGAAGACGAAUGGGACAUUGGCCCUUCACCGGGCCUUCGUGCUGUUUCCCCGCCUCCACAGCCCGCUCCAAACGCAAUUCCUGCAAAUGAAGAAACUGAAGAACAGUCGAACGCUGAACUGCACGUGGAAGAAAUUUCACCGCAAUCUCCUGCGGUCAACCGUUCCACUCGUCCACCUUCUAUACCAUUGGCAACCCGUCCCACAGUGUCAAGUCCACAAUCUCCAGCCUCACCCACGUCCAUCCUUUCCAACACCAAGCGCAGCAGCGUACAAUCUAUCCCAUCCCGUUCCACUUCAUUGGAUGCUCCACUUCCUCCAGUAUCCACGAAACCUGCGCGGCGCACCACGCUCCCUCCGCCGCAACCUACCAUUACUCAGGAUCCUGAGAGCUUGGGGGCAGACAGAGAAUACAUGAAUGAGGGCGAUACGGAUCCUAUCGACCCUCAUUUUUUCUCUCCGGGUCGCCCUAACAUUCCAGCGCCUAGCCAUCCUCAGCCCCCGCCAGCGCGUUUGUCUUCUGAGGCUUUGCCAAGCGGGGCUGCCAAACGAAAUGAAGAUCCUGCAGAGGAUGACGGGUCCCAGCACCGUAAGAACAUUGCGGAGCGGAUGGCUCGAUUGGGUGGUCUGAACUUUGGCCCUCCCGCGCCUCCCCCUGUACGGCGAGAACCGCCUGAGGUCGCGCGAACCGCCAGUAACGACGGGAGUCUGGAGGAACAUGAAGAGACUGAAGAGGAAGCCCGAGCAAGACGUGCUGCCAUUGCUGCCCGCCUUGCGAGUCAGGGAGGAUUGCGGUUUGGGAUGCUGACAGGUGCAGAGCCAAGUGGGGAUCCAGCCGAGAGAGGGGAUGGCAAGCUGGGGGAGGGAGUAGCGUUCGUUCCUGAGGGCUCUCUUACUUCAGACGAUGGUGUCAAGGCCGAGGUUCCUGAGGGAAUGGGGAUCCCCUAUCUAAACCACAAGCCCCACCACCCCUGCCACCCGGACGGCCAGGGCGACAUUCUUCUAUCUUAGGCACCGCGCGGCAGCGCAGGGCUAGUUAUCAGUGGCCCGCUCCGUCACCGCCACCUCAUUCAUCCACUCCGAUACAGGAUCCAGGAGAGUAUGUUAUUGUGGAUGGGCCUCAAACAGCCCCUAGCCCUCCGCCACGUCCCACGCGAGCUCCGUCAAAUCGUCGCUCGCUCCCACCUCCACCUCCCCCAGCCACCACACUAUCAG